GAGGGUUUAUGGAUGUGCUGAGGGAGGACAUGCAGGCAUGCAAAGGACAGGGUGAGAUGAAAACAGAUUAUCUUCUGUGGCGAUCCCUAACGGCAGCAGACGAAAGGAGAAGAAUUAGAUUAUAAAAAUUAUUAGUCCGUACAUGUAGUCAUAGAAUAGUUUUGUUCUAUUUUUUACAUUCAGCAAGUCGAAUAUGUUUUACUACUGUGACAUUUCUUAAAGUAUUUUGGUAUGACAACCAAACUGACUUCAAAUACAGAUUGAAUUUUUUAAAAUGCAAAUAUGUAGGUUUAAUAAGUUCAGAGUGGUGACAGCUGUUAGAGGAAACAAGUUUUCUCAAGCUAUUUGAAGAAUGAUUUGAAACAUAUGUUUUCUGCUUCUGUCUUAGUGAAUCACAUUCUGCCUUCAGUUGAACACCAGUGACGCAUGACUACAUGAGUUGUAACCUGCUGUGUGCUGCAUGUUGCUGCUCAUCAGGUAUUUUAGAGCCUCCGUCCUGAACACAUCUGGCAGCUUGUCUGAGCUACCAUUUACUUUUGUGGAUUAAACAAACAACUUUGCUCAUCUUUCUUUUCACAAAACAUUCAUCAGCAUCCAUUGCUGCUGUUAUAUGGACAUUUCUAACUGAAACCUGUGAUCAGAUUGAGCUAUGUGUGUGAGUGAUGUCCUAGCGUGCUUUGGUUUCUUUGGGGUACUAAGGCUGUUCUGUGUCCCCUGGUUCUGGAGCCUCUUGGCAGGUCUGGGGAUUUUUGUAGCCUGGAGGGGUUCUUGGAAAUUCAUUUAUGUAGCUCUCUGCACCAUCAAGAGAGAUCUAAUGUGUCUGAUUGUUAUCUUGCGAGUAAGGUUCUCCAUGUACCAAAACCUAAGAAAUGGACACACCAUCCCUUCCCUCUUUGCCCAGUCUACAUCACUCCACCCAGAUAAGCCUGCUGUGGUCUAUGAGAACACAGGAGAGGUGUGGAGUUUCAGGCAGCUGGAGGAGCGGUGCCAUGCUGUGGCACACUGGGCACUGGCCCAGGGCUGGGUUGAAGGAGAUGUUGUGGCAUUGUAUCUGGAAAGUUGCCCUUUUCUGGUAGUUCUUUGGUUAGGCCUGGCUAUGGUUGGAGUGGAGGCUGCACUAAUCAACCACAAUCUACGACUACAGUCACUGGUCCACUGCAUCCGUGUGUCUGGUGCCAGGGCAAUGGUGUUUGGGACAGAGCUAACGGAAGCGGUGUCCGAGGUGAGAGACUCUCUGCAGCCUAGCAUGGUUUUGUUCAGCAGCGGUGAGCCAGCUGAUAAAGAGAAGCUCUGCAGCAUUCAAAGUCUGAGCGCGCUGCUGACCUGCUCGCCCACAUACCCACCACUACACAAACUCAAGAAGGGAUUCAAUGACAAACUGUUCUACAUCUAUACCUCUGGUACCACAGGAAUGCCCAAAGCAGCAGUGGUACUGCACAGCCGGUAUUACCGCAUCGCUGCCUUUGGCUUUCACUCCUUUGGCCUGCGGCAUGAUGACAUCAUCUACAACUGUCUGCCUCUCUACCACUCUGCAGGUACCAUCAUGUGUGUCGGCCAGUGUUUGCUCUUUGGUGUUACGGUUGUAAUCAGGAAGAAGUUCUCAGCCAGUCGUUUUUGGGAUGACUGUGUCAAACACAAGUGCACUGUAAUCCAGUACAUUGGUGAGAUUUGCCGUUAUCUGCUGGCCCAGUCAGUCUGUUCAUCUGAAUCAUGCCACCGGGUCCGUGUUGCUUUUGGUAACGGCCUCCGUCCGUCUGUGUGGGAAGAGUUUGUGCAAAGAUUCAGAAUCCAGCACAUUGGGGAAUUCUAUGGUGCCACAGAGUGCAACUGCAGUAUGAUCAACAUAAAUGGAAAGGUGGGGGCGUGUGGAUUCAACAGUCGCAUCCUGCCCAACUUCUACCCCAUCAGACUGGUGCGGGUGCAGGAGAGCGGAGAGCUGCUGAGGGACAAACUAGGCCUUUGUAUACCCUGUCUGCCUGGUGAGCCGGGCAUGCUGGUUGGACACAUCAACUCCACUGAUCCACUCAGAAGAUUCGAUGGCUAUGUUGAUGAGAAUUCCACCAAAAAUAAAAUAGCUCACAACAUCUUCCAGAUGGGAGACUCUGCUUACAUCUCAGGUGAUGUACUGGUGAUGGAUGAGUUUGGCUACAUGUAUUUCAUGGACCGCAGCGGUGACACUUUUCGAUGGCGAGGGGAGAACGUGUCAACCACAGAGGUGGAGGGAGUCCUCAGCACCUUGCUGGACCACACAGAUGUAGCCGUGUACGGUGUUUCUGUACCAGGUGUGGAAGGAAAAGCUGGUAUGGCAGCCAUAACUCAUACAGGUGGACACUUUGACUUGGACUCCUUCCUGACAGCUGUCCAGAAAGCCCUGCCAUCAUAUGCUCGUCCUGUCUUCCUUCGACUCUUGCCAUGUGUUGACACCACAGGUACAUUUAAGAUUCAGAAGACACGCCUGAAGAGGAAAGGAUACAAAGUGCAACAUCCAAGUGAAAACAUUUAUUUUCUAAACAGUCAUGCUGGGCGUUAUGAGGCUGUUACUCAGGAGUUAUAUACUGCCAUCAUGGAGGGGAAGGUGUGGCUCUAAACAACGAGGCUGAGAAGGAAGAAGGGCCUUUAUGUAUAUGUCCCUGUAGAUGUUGAAAAAUAAUUAUGGUUCUGUAUAUUUUUACAAUUAAACUCAUCUGAUUUUAA